GGUUCGCGUUGGUCUCCAUACACGAUGGAGGGAUUCAUGUUUUCGCCGUACAACUUUAAUGGAUAUCCGGGCUGCGGGCCUAUGAUGGCACCUGUCCUCCACGGCAACCCGAAAUUCCAUCCUCAGACCUGGGGAAAGAAAGGCAACAUCUACGUUCCUCCCGAAGCGCUGGACUACCUGGACAUGUUUAAGCGAGCCCAGCUGAAGGCCAUCCUGUCUCAGGUAAACCCAAACCUUACCCCUCGACUCCGGAAGGCCAACACGAAGGAGUUCGGGGUUCAGGUUAACGCCAAGGUCGACGCAGUGGUCCAGUGUUCCCUCGGGCCCAAAACGUUGUUUUACCAGGAGAGAAUAUUUACGGUAUUCCCGAAGUCGCCUGUGAAGUGUGAGUGGAGUCCCUCAGUGGUUUCUUCUCCAGACGGCAGAGCGCUGCCGAGCACGCCGGUUAACAACGUACGCUUCUCCCGACCCCUGGCCAUAUACUCUCCCGUGUUUGAUCGCCGGUUCUUCGCGCUGCCGGUGAAAGCGGAACAUGAUAGUGCGGACUGUGAGGGAGGAUGCAUCCAGGAUGGCGAUGCCGGCGAUACCAACGAUACCGACCAGAACACAACGGACGAGAAGGGUCGACCACAGAGCCCACGUGAGGACGCCAGGAAAGUCCUUCACCAGAUGCCUAAAGGGUUCAAUUUUCAAUUUCUGGAGCAGAAGUAUGGCUUCUUUCACUGCAGCCAGUGUAACGUCAGAUGGGAAAGCGCCUAUGUGUGGUGCAUCUCUGGAACUAGUAAGGUGUACUUCAAGCAGCUCUGCCGGAAGUGCCAGGUGGGGUUCAACCCUUACAGAGUGGAGGCCAUCCAGUGUAAGGUUUGCUCCCAGACCAGGUGCUGUUGUAAGCAGAAGGAGAGGCACAUCGACAUGAAGAGGCCUCACAGACAGGAUCUCUGUGGCCGCUGCCGUGGCAAGAGGAUUUCCUGUGACACCACCUAUAGCUACAAGUAUAUUGUCUAAAUUGUGCCGUCUCCAUACAACCAAACCAUGGCCGGGGAUCUAACCUCUACCUUCUGAUGUGGGUUAUCUCAGCCCUGGGGGUCUGUUCAUCCUAGCAAACUAUUUCAGUUGCACAGUGCUUUCAGUGUCCAAGGGUACCAAAAUGUAUUCAAGAAAUGACCGUGUGAGAACUGAGUUUGUUCAAUUGAAAAGGCUUCUAAAUAUUUAGCAUCACUGUUUGGCUGAAUUAAAUCACCCCUGUGUCUGGUUAAAGGUUGGUCUAUGGGAACCGGUGGUAUCAACUCUAGUUCUGUGGACCCAAAUGGGAGCAUGUUUUUAGUCUUGGCAGGGCUGUUCAACUCCAGUCCUGGAAGGUUGAGACACUGUUUCCACUUGGUGUUGAAUUGCGCUCACCUGGUGCCCCAAGUCUGAAUCAUUCAUGGCAGAAAAUAUUUAACUUUAGCACAUCUGAUUCCAUGAAUGACCUAAAUUGGGUAUGGUAAAGCCAGGGCAAAAAUUCUGUGACUUGUCCUGAACCUCCAGGGUCGAGAUCGGGUAAAACAUGGCUGUGUUCUGCCAAUUAUGAAUUUCUCCCUAUUGAUGGGGAGACAUUCAUUGGCUUGACUCUGGGUGUGUGGGGUGUAAUGUGUUGUCUUUCUAAGAGCAUAGAUUUAGUGUUUCUAAUUGUCAGCUCAGGUCAAGCAGCAUUCAAAGUACUCUGAGGAUCUGUAGUAUGUCUGGUUCCUGACAUCACCCUGCUCCUAUUAAAAGGGUGUUAGAUCAGUGACUUCAACAGCCUAUAAAUGUCUUUUAUAUGUUCAUGAUCAACUGUCUAUUUUUCUAGAAUGUAAAUUAUGAAUAAACCUAUUGCAGCAUAA